AUGAGCUCAAGCACAAGAUACAACCCAACCCUCUCGCACCGCGAAGCUCGCUCCCAACUCUUCACCCCUUCCGCAAACAACCCCUACCUCUCCUCCCGCACACCCUCUCCCGGAGCCUCAACAUCUGGCUCUGGCCCCUCCUUCCGCUCAGCAACACCAAAUCGAAAAGGACAGUACAGUACGAGUGUGUUGGAAAGUCUAGAAUCACAGAACGAUGAUAAGAUCGAGGGGUUGAGUGCGAAGGUGCGAAUGUUGAAGGAUAUCACUGUUGCGAUUGGGGAGGAGGUUAGGGAGUCUUCGAGUUUGAUUGAGAAUAUGAACGACAAAUUCGCUUCGACGAAGGAUUAUUUGGGUGGGACGAUGAAGAGGAUGACGACGAUGGCACGGAGACAAGGCGUGGGAUGGUUUCACUAUAUGAUGUUCAUAUUCUUUUGCUUCUUCUUGUUCUGGCUGGUACGUUGGUUCUAA